AGCAACGUCUUGCAGGAGAGGGGUAUAUAAUGCCAGCUGGGGGGUUUCUCCUCCAUGUCCCUCACUCCUUCUGACCAGGACAAGCACCCGGCUCAUCUGAAGACAUGGCACCAGCAAAGAAAGCCAAGAGAAAGGCAGCAGAAGGAGGUUCUUCCAAUGUCUUGUCCAUGUUCGACCAAACCCAGAUCCAGGAGUUUAAGGAGGCUUUCACAGUGAUUGAUCAGAACAGAGAUGGCAUCAUUGACAAGGAAGAUCUGAGAGACACAUUUGCAGCUAUGGGCCGUCUGAAUGUGAAGAACGAGGAGCUGGAGGAGAUGAUCAAGGAGGCAUCAGGUCCCAUCAACUUCACAGUCUUCCUCACCAUGUUCGGAGAGAAGCUCAAGGGUGCUGAUCCAGAGGAUGUUAUCACAGGGGCAUUUAAGGUGCUUGAUCCUGAGGGCAAAGGGUCCAUCAAGAAGCAGUUCCUUGAGGAACUUCUCACCACACAGUGCGACAGGUUCUCUCCAGAGGAGAUUAAGAACAUGUGGACCGCGUUCCCCCCUGAUGUAGCUGGCAACGUAGAUUACAAGAACAUCUGCUAUGUCAUCACCCACGGAGAGGACAAAGACCAGGAAUAAAUGGGGCGAUAUCUUACCCCUCUGGGGGUGCGCUCUCACACCCAGUGCAAAUCCCCAACUUGCUGUAUAUUGCGUCUCAUUUUGUAAACCAAACCCAUGAAAGACACAACUGUAAUUUAUUUCUGUUUGGGUGGUCUGAAAGGGGCUUAUUUGUUGCCCCAUGAUCAUUCUGCCUGACACAACUCCCCGUCUUUGUCCCCUACUCUUCUCUCUUCAACGUCUUAAAGCUGGAACUGUGGAAUCCUCAGGGGAAGUAAACACUCAAUAAAAUCUAGUUUUUAUUCUA